AUGACCGACUUUGGACCUCGUGCCCCCCAUGGGCCUGACAUGUCGGGAGACCACAACCCUCUCGAAGACAUGGAUAUCAACGAGAAGGGAGCUUUCGAUUCCCUCAUCCGGCCCGACGACAGCUAUACCCCGGAGGGCACCUACUGGGCUGACCUGCCCAUCCUCAAGAAGAUCGGGUUCGUCAGCUCCUACAACAACAAGGAGGCGAAGCGUGAGAUGAGUGGCAUUUGGUCCAUGGUGAAGGAGGAUCCUCUCUCGCCCGUCUCUUACUACUUCCGCAACAUGGUGCUCCCCGGUGCCGGUCUCGGUCUGGAGGGUUACGUGCUCUUCUCCAUUGGUAACAUCAAGCCAUUGUUCGAAAAAGCGUUCCCAGACUGCUGGGAUACACACCAGAUUUGCAGUCAGCAAUGGAUUUACGCCAUUGACUACUUGGAAAUUAUUGGAAUUAUCGUCGGACAGAUCUUGGUUGGAAUUUUGGGUGACUGGCUCGGUCGUCGUUGGGGUUUGAUUCAGGAUGCUACUAUCAUGUUGCUCGGUCUCAUCAUGUUGACUGCCGCCUGGGGUGUUACCCAGAACGGCUGGAUUAUCUGUUACGCCUGGUCUCUGUUCGUCUACGGUAUUGGUGUCGGUGGUGAAUACCCCAUGACCGCUACCAGCGGUAUGGAGAAUGCCGUCGGCUCUGGCAAGAUUUCUACCAAGGAGGAUCGUCUGCACCGUGGUCGCAAGGUCACCAGCGCCUUCCUGAUGCAGGGUUGGGGUCAAUUUGCCAACCAGGUCAUUCUCAUCAUUCUCCUGCUCUGCUUCCACCACGGUAGUGGCAACAACCCUUACUCCACCGUUGCAGUCCAAUGGACCUACCGCGUUUCCUUCGCUCUUCCCGCUGUCGGUACCUUGUGGCUUGUCUACUACCGUGCCUACCACAUGAAGGCCGCCAGCAAGCAGCUCGACGCUGCCAAGAAGAAGUCUUCCGUUACUGGAUACGAUGCUCAGUCUCUCAAGCUUACCUUCCGUUACUUCGGCUUCCGUAUCUUCGCGACCGCUGGUGGUUGGUUCGCCAACGAUGUCUUCUUCUACGGUAACAAGCUUUUCCAGAGCGAGUUCAUCAAGGUCAUCAGCCCCGCCAGUGAGUCUGUUAUGCCCACCUGGUUGUGGAACUUGGUCAACUGCGGUGUCUCGCUGGCCGGAUACUACAUGGCCUCUUUCCUGAUCGAUAACAAGCUGUACGGUCGCAAGUGGAUGCAGAUCAUUGGUUUCAUGCUCUGCUUCAUCCUCUUCGUGAUCCCUGCCUUCAACUUCGAUUACUACCGCCGCCCUGAGAACAUCAAGUCUUUCCAGACCAUGUACUUCCUCUCCUCAUUCUUCAACCAGUUCGGUCCCAACUCCGUUUCCUUCUUGGUUGCUGCCGAAGUCUUCCCCACUCCCAUCCGUGCCUCCGCUCACGGUAUGUCCGCUGCCUGGGGUAAGGCCGGUGCUCUUCUCGCCUCCGUUCUGUACAACUACAUCGACACCCAAACCAAGUUCUACGUCUUUCCUUGGUUCGGUCUUGCCGGUGCCGUCAUCACCGCCCUCUUCCUUCCCGAUACCACUGGUCUGGAUCUGAAGGAACAGGAGCGUCGCUGGGAAUACCUCCGCCAGGGCAAGGAGGAGGACUAUCACGGUCCCGCCGUGCACCCCAAGCACUUGUCCUGGUACGAGCGCUACGUUCUGCGCAAGUGCCGCUUCUACGAUGCCGAGCUCGACUACCAGCAGAAGGUCGAGGAGUACCGUGCCGAGUGGGAGUCUGCCAUGGCUGCCAAGGCUUCUGAGAAGGAGACUGCCGAUAACUUCGACACUGAUGACACUCUCCUCGAGGGUCACGUUCACACUUACUUCCACCGCACCAGCCCUAUGUUCAAGGGUAUGGAAAAGAACGUCACUACUUCCAAGCAAGAUAACUUCACACUCCCUCCGCCUGCGGAGAGUGAGCUUGAGGAGACCGAUUCAAAUGAAAAGCGAUAG